AAAAUUUAUAAAAAAUGCAAAGUGAGAUUAACAGAGUGCAAGUGGAGAAAUGGGCUAUUUUCUCAGUGUUUUUGGCCCUGGUCGGACUCCAAGCGACCAUUGGGAUUUUGGAGUUCAUGAUUGGAGGCCGAUGGGGGUUGGUGAUCUUAGGAGUGGUCAGGGGUCUGUGACUGGUGUUUGCAGUAGUGGCUCUUGGGGUGAAUAUGAGAAAUGUGUCUGGGCUGACAAAAACGAGUUUAGAGGAUUGAUCUAUUUUAAGGAAGAAUCAGACUCGAGAAAUGAAGAUAAUGAUAAAACUGAAUAUCUUUUUGACAGUCUUAGCCACGAUCCAUACCCUUUACCUUGGAAUUAGUGGCUCAAAAAAUUAUAGCUUGAUCUGCUUAUAUACCUUCCUGUCAGUAUUCCAAGUAUCUGUUUUUUUUUUGGUGACAAGAGGAUACAUCAGUGAAGAAAGGAUGGAAGUCUGGAAAUUCUCACGUAGUGGGGCUCAAUCACAGAAAUAUCUCCCCCUUGACCAGUUCCAAUAUGGCCAUAUUACUAAAAAGUCCAAACCCGGUGAAAUUUCUAGAGACCAACGUUUUCAGCACACCGCUGAAGUUAAGAACGGAAAGAUUGUGAUCCAGGUCAGGCCAAUUUCUGAUGUCAUUAUUGAGGAUAUUGAGUGUAACUCCAAAGAUCAGCUUGUCUCUUUUGAUGACCAAAUUGAUCAAUACGACCGGAGGUCCGGCCACAGUAUAUUUCUUUCCUAGGAUGUAAUUCAUAGUAUUUCUUAAAGUAAUUCAACCAAUGAAU